AUGCCGACCAACGGCUUGCACCAGGUGCUGAAGAUCCAGUUUGGCCUCCUCAACGACACCGACCGCUACUUGACGGCAGAGAGCUUCGGCUUCAAGGUCAAUGCUUCUGCGCCCAGCCUCAAGAGGAAGCAGAUCUGGGUCCUGGAGCCCGACCCCGGGCAGGGCCCAGCUGUGCUCCUCCGAAGCAGCCAUCUGGGCCGCUACCUGUCGGCCGGAGAGGACGGGCGAGUGACCUGUGAGGCGGAGCACCCGGGCCGUGACUGCCGCUUUCUGGUCCUGCCCCAGCCCGACGGGCGGUGGGCGUUACGGUCGGAGCCACACGGCCGCUUCUUCGGCGGCACCGAGGACCGGCUCUCCUGCUUCGCCACAGCCAUCUCCCCGGCGGAGCUGUGGACGGUGCACCUGGCCAUCCACCCCCAGGCGCACCUGCUGAGCGUGAGCCGGCGGCGCUACGUGCACCUGUGCCGGCAGGACGACGAGAUGCUGGCGGACGGCGACAUGCCGUGGGGUGUGGACGCGCUGCUCACGCUCAUCUUCCGGAGCCGGCGCUACUGCCUCAAGUCCUGCGACAGCCGCUACCUGCGCAGCGACGGCUGCCUGGUCUGGGAGCCCGAGGCCCGCGCCUGCUACACGCUGGAGUUCAAGGCCGGCAAGCUGGCCUUCAAGGACUGUGAGGGCCGCUACCUGGCGCCCGUGGGGCCGGCGGGCACACUCAAGGCCGGCCGCAGCGCGCGGCCUGGGAAGGAUGAGCUCUUCGACCUGGAGGAGAGCCCCCCGCAGGUGGUGCUGCUGGCCGCCAACCACCGCUACGUCUCCGUGCGGCAAGGGGUCAAUGUCUCAGCCAAUCAGGAUGAAGAACUGGACCAUGAGACCUUUCUGAUGCAGAUUGACCAGCAGACAAAGAAAUGUACCUUCUAUUCCAGCAUUGGGGGCUACUGGGCCCUGGUCACCCACGGGGGAAUUCAGGCCACAGCCACACAAGUCUCUGCCAGCACCAUGUUUGAGAUGGAAUGGCGUGGCCGCCGCGUGGCUCUCAAGGCCAGCAACGGGCGCUACGUGUGCAUGAAGAAGAACGGGCAGCUGGCGGCUGUCAGCGACUUUCCGGGGACAGGGCCGCGGGGGUGGGCGAGCUCCUCGCCCCUCGCCGGCGCCCGUCUCACGCCACCUCCCGCAGGCGCAGACGAGGAGUUCGUCCUCAAGCUCAUCAACCGGCCGCUCCUGGUGCUCCGCGGCCCCGACGGCUUCGUCUGCCACCGCCGCGGCUCCAGCCAGCUGGACACCAACCGCUCCGUCUACGACGUCUUCCGCCUGGGCUUCCGCGACGGCGCCUACCAGAUCCGAGGCCGCGGAGGGUUCUGGAACACCGGCAGCCACGGCUGCGUGCGCAGCGACGGCGAGCGGGCCGAGGACUUCCUGUUCGAGUUCCGCGAACGCGGGCGCCUGGCCAUCCGCGCGGGCAGCGGCCGGUACCUGAGCGGGGGCGCGGCGGGGCUGCUGCGCGCCGACGCCGAGGCGCCCGCGGGCGCCGCGCUCUGGGAGUUCUGA